UAGUUGUGCGUAAAGGGGAGGACGCGGCGUUCAAAGCCGUCAAGAUAGCCGCUGAGCCGAAGCUGCAGCUGUGCGGCUGGGGCGGGCAGGCCAGCUACGCUCUCGAGGGAUGCGUGGAGCCUGGCCUGCUCCGGCCGCCGCCGCAGCCGCACUCCAGCCAGCUCGGGACCGUGUACGCGACGAAGAGGAGAAGAAGAAAUGGAAAGAGCAUCAAGCCACCUUCAAAAGACGGCGUCACGAAAAGUAAUCCGAGCAAGCGUCAUAGGGAGCGCCUUAACGCAGAAUUGGACACCCUCGCUUCUCUGCUACCCUUUGAGCAGAACAUCCUGAGUAAGCUAGACCGACUAUCGAUUCUUAGGUUGUCGGUCAGCUACUUGCGAACCAAGAGCUACUUCCAAGUUGUGAUGCACAAAGAGAAGGAAGACCUCCACGGGCAUCGAAGGGAGCACUCUCUGUAUGACCACGUCAUGCCGGAUGGAGAAAUGUUUUUACAGGCCCUAAACGGAUUCCUGAUGAUCCUGACCUGCGAAGGAGAGGUCUUUUUCGCAACGCAUUCCAUCGAGAGCUACCUCGGCUUCCAUCAGUCGGACAUAGUUCAUCAGUCAGUAUACGAGCUGGUCCAUUCAGAAGAUCGAGAGGAACUUCAAAGACAGAUCCUUUGGAACUCCUUCCUGCCUCCAGAAGUCAGCAACCUCACGCUGCAGGAUGUCCUGAGACCGGAGAGAGCUCAUCUCUUGGAGAGAAGUUUCACUGUCCGGUUUAGGUGUUUGCUUGAUAAUACUUCAGGAUUCCUGAGGCUAGACAUCCGAGGUAGAAUAAAAAUAUUACACGGACAGAACAAGAAAACCGAAGAGCCGCCAUUAGCCCUCUUCGCUAUUUGUGCGCCGUUCGGGCCUCCGAGCCUCCUGGAAAUACCUCAGAAAGAAGUCAUGUUCAAGAGCAAGCACAAGCUUGAUCUUUCUCUAGUCUCGAUGGAUCAAAGAGGUAAAAUGCUACUAGGGUACACAGAUGCGGAGCUGGCGAACAUGGGCGGCUACGAUUUGGUGCACUACGAUGAUCUAGCAUACGUAGCGAGCGCCCAUCAAGAACUCUUAAAAACUGGUGCUUCCGGAAUGAUCGCGUAUCGCUUCCAGACCAAGGAGGGACAAUGGCAGUGGCUUCAGACCUCCUCCAGGCUAGUCUACAAGAACUCCAAACCUGAUUUCGUUAUCAGCACGCAUCGGCCGCUGAUGGAAGAGGAAGGUCGAGAUUUGCUCGGCAAAAGGACAAUGGACUUCAAAGUCAGCUACCUGGACACAGGACUUACGAGCCUGUACUUCUCCGAGACGGAACAGCUGUCAGGCUGCGAAACGAAUGUCACCACCCCUCCCAGAACUACGAGGAGAUACAAGACCCAACUCAGAGACUUCCUCUCCACCUGCCGCAACAAGAGACGAGUUCCAAGCACACCAGCCCCCCCACCCGUGGACUACUUGGCGGCUGAUGCUGUCGCCGCGGCCUAUACUAACUUGAACGGCGCGUACACGGCUCCCUACGGAGAAUACCCGCCGGCUCCUAUCCACUACGCUCCACCGCCUUUAGACGAUCGGUUCAUAACAACAGACAACAUCUUUCAUCAAUACAAACCCUUGUCCUACCAUUACACUCCAUACGCGCCGAACGGCUUCCUCGAGCCGGCUCCUCCGCCAGGGUACGAGGUCGCUCCGGCGUACCAUCGGCCUCCUUCCAGAGAGUACGCGUACGUGGACAGCAGCGGGAGGUAUAUGAGUCCGGUCACUGGGCAGGAGAGGCGGUCGCCGAGUGUGGUGCCGGGGCCCAGCCCUGCGGGGUCGAGCGGGUCGGCGGAGCAAGAUCGGCUGCAGCCCGAGGCUCCGCGCCAGACGGUGCUGAUGUGGGGCGCCGGGUCGGCCGCGCCCGCCGCCACCGACGCGCCGCUGGAGUACUCGCCCCCUCAGGUUUGGCGCUACCACCCCUCGCAUUACCACACCGCUGAAGCGACCCAGUGAAUCUAAACGUUUUUUUGUGCAAUUUACUUUUAAGAAUUUUUUCGUACCAAAAUUUUAGUCAAUUUGUUUUGCGAGAUAUAAAUAAAUAAAUAAAAAAUCUUUAAGUCUACGAGCGUUCGUGAUUUUCUCUCAGUGACAAUCGUAAAUCAAAGUUUUAAAUAUUAAUAAAAAAAUAUAGUAUAUAGCAGACAGUUGUAUUCGCUCAAAACUUUUCCACGGUAUAAAAGUGUUUGUUACCAUUUUUUUUUCUCUAAUUUAUCGCUAAUGAUACCUCGCUCAGUGGUUUUAGCUUUCAUGGCCUCUCGGUCUAGAUCUAGGUCUCUUAGACUUAAACAGGGUCUUUCCAAUAUCGAUUGUAGACAAUUUUUUAAUGUAUUAUAGUUGUUAUCCGAGAAAUUAUAUCCAAAUAUUUAAAAAAUAUGAUAGUCCGACGAAUCUUAGGGCUAGUUUUAGAUGUCGCUGCUGGUAAAUUUACGUAAUGAUGUUUUUGAAACUUACACCGAAAAAUAUAUGUAUGUUGAUUGAUUGAUCAUCAGAGCCGCGACAGCUACAAGAAGCCGACGUCCACCUUGAACCGUGGGCUCAAGGUCUAAAUUGACAUUGACAGAAAUGAGCGGAUAACAGUCCUUUAUAUUAUUAUUAUUUAAUUUUCUUUACUACAUCAUCCAAUAAUUGGCUUACUUAAAAAGAUCAAAAUUAUAUGCAUACUUAUA